CUCUAGUUGUUCGUAAUAAGACGAUUAAUUCUACAAAAGCCGGAUGAUUUCGCUGCUCAAGACUCAUUAUGAAGCCGUCCUUUCAACCAAGUUCAACAGAGUUCCUAGACUCCUGCAGCCUUACCAUCGCCUGCCAUUCCCGCUCCUGAACUGGACAUAUUUCUCUAUCCCACUGUAUCAUCGCUAAUUCUCAAUAUCUUUAAACCCCCUUAUCAUAACUCGUUAUUGCACUCCUGGGUUGAAUCUUCAUCAAACGACCAACAACUAGGAAAUUACUUUCUGGAAAAGUAGAAAAAUGGACGGACUGAACCAAUACCGAACGGAGCGGGUCGCCGACAUCCUUGCCGAUUUUCGAAAUCUUCAAUAUUACAUCGCUGCAGUGCCAUCAGAGCCCGAAAAUGCCGAAGACUACUACACCGAAGGUUGGGCGGCUUUGCGCCAAUGCGCCAUAGAUGGCCUACACAUUCUCAACUGCGCAGCCGACGUCACAGUACCUCAAGCCAACGGCGGCGAAGUGGAACAGCAACGAGCGGAGUUGAAACAAAUCCUUUUAGACGCAUUCUCUCGCAGGCACGAAGGCCAGAAGAUCUACCUCCGCCAGGCAGCGGCACAAAGAUGGAUCGAGUAUCGAAACAGCGUCCUCCAAAACCAGCCACCAAACAGUUCGCACAGACGACAUCUCAGAGCCUGUGAUGAACAACUACGAGGUGAGCUAUCACGAAUUACAGAUGAAUACGUCUACCAAGAACUUCAGACCUCCGACAUGUCGAUGGGCCGCUGGACGGCCGAAGACCCUAGCCUCCGGUCUGUUCAGCGCUGGGUGCGGGCACGCCCGCAAACAACUUAAUCGCCACUUCGGGGCGGACUAGAACACCUCUUCGAGGUUAGCGGACAGCGACUAGCCUCGAAUUUGGAAUGAGACUACUAAAAAUAUACGUGAUGUGAUCACGAAGAACACGGGCGAGCCGGUGCUAUAGAUUUCAGCACCUAGACGGAGGAUCAGGACAGGGAACAGGGGAACAAGGGAAACGGGACACCGGAAGAUCGACGAACUUGUCGAAUACGUGCUCAGGAAACACACUCAUUAUAACCAUUAUAAAGUUUUUAGACUGGUGGGUUAUGUUCACGGAACUGUUGAUAGGGCAUCGUUUGAGAGGAAAGACGCAGCAAGUCUGUAAGGAGACUGCCGGGUGCAGUAUCAGCAAGCGUACCUAGGUGCAUAACCCACCGGAGACUGCACAUGGCAUACGGAGGUUGACUUCGGUCAGUUGUAUAACUAGUGCAGGACGAGAAUAGCACUCGCUUCAGAAUAGAAUAGCAUAGUUAGUAGCUACUAUUACAAUGUAUGGAUCUACCUAAA